UUUUUCAGGAAGAGUGCAGCCAGGGUUCAGAAUUCCGCGCCGCAAGUCAAAAUGCUAAAGUCGAAGACUUUCUUAAAAAAGACGCGGGCUGGCGGCGUGAUGAAGAUCGUACGCGAACACUAUCUGCGGGACGAUAUCGGCUGUGGUGCGGCCGGGUGCGCAGAGUGCUGUGGAGCGCACGAUGGGCCGGCCCUCGAGCCACAGCCCCAGGACCGGGCAAGUAGCCUCUGCCCACGACCGCACUACUUGCUGCCAGACACCAAUGUGCUGCUACACCAGAUUGAUGUUCUUGAGGACCCUGCUAUCAGGAAUGUCAUUGUGUUGCAAACAGUUCUCCAAGAAGUAAGAAAUAGGAGCGCCCCAGUUUAUAAGCGGAUCCGAGAUGUGACUAAUAAUCACGAGAAGCAUUUCUAUACAUUUACUAAUGAGCAUCACAGAGAAACUUACAUCGAACAGGAACAGGGAGAAAAUGCUAAUGACCGAAAUGAUAGAGCUAUUCGAGUAGCAGUAAAAUGGUACAAUGAACAUUUGAAGAAAAUGUCAGCAGAGAAUCAGCUGCAAGUUAUUUUCAUUACAAAUGACAGAAAAAAUAAAGAGAAAGCCGUAGAAGAAGGGAUACCAGCUUUCACUUGUGAAGAAUAUAUAAAGAGCCUGACUGCUAACCCUGAGCUCAUAGAUCGUCUUGCUUGUUUGUCUGAAGAAGGGAAUGAAAUAGAAAAUAGAAAAAUAAUAUUUUCAGAACAUCUCCCCUUAAGUAAGCUGCAACAAGGCAUAAAAUCUGGUACAUACCUUCAAGGAACAUUUAGAGCCAGUAGAGAAAAUUACUUAGAAGCUACGGUGUGGGUGCAUGGAGAUGAUGAAGAAAAUAAAGAGAUAAUCUUACAAGGACUUAAAAAUUUGAACCGAGCUAUUCAUGAAGAUAUUGUGGCUGUGGAACUUUUUCCCAAGAGUCUAUGGGUAGCACCGUCUUCUGUGGUUUUACAUGAUGAAGGUCAAAAUGAAGAUGAUGUGGAGAAAGAAGAGGAGAAAGAAAGCAUUCUAAAGACUGCUGUAAAUGAAAAAAUGUUAAAGCCAACAGGUAGAGUUGUAGGAAUAAUAAAAAGGAAUUGGAGACCAUAUUGUGGCAUGCUUUCCAAGUCUGAUAUUAAGGAGUCGAGAAGACAUCUCUUUACACCUGCUGACAGGAGGAUCCCUCGAAUUCGGAUAGAAACCAGACAGGCUUCCACAUUAGAGGGGCGCAGGAUUAUUGUUGCUAUUGAUGGUUGGCCCAGAAAUUCUAGAUACCCAAAUGGACACUUUGUAAAAAAUUUAGGUGAUGCUGGAGAUAAAGAGACUGAGACAGAAGUCCUACUACUUGAACACGAUGUUCCCCAUCAACCCUUCUCUCAGGCUGUUCUUAGCUUUUUGCCAAAGAUGCCGUGGAGCAUUACUGAGAAUGACAUGAAAAACAGAGAAGACUUAAGACAUCUGUGUAUCUGUAGUGUGGACCCACCAGGAUGUACUGAUAUAGAUGAUGCUCUACAUUGUAGAGAACUUGAAAAUGGAAAUUUGGAGGUUGGUGUUCAUAUUGCUGAUGUUAGCCAUUUUAUUAGACCUGGAAAUGCUUUAGAUCAAGAAUCAGCAAGAAGAGGAACAACUGUGUAUCUUUGUGAAAAGAGGAUUGACAUGGUUCCAGAGUUGCUUAGCUCCAACCUGUGUUCGUUAAGAUGUAAUGUGGACAGGCUGGCAUUUUCAUGUAUUUGGGAAAUGAAUCACAAUGCUGAAAUCUUAAAAACAAGGUUUACCAAAAGUGCUAUUAAUUCAAAGGCUUCUCUUACAUAUGCAGAAGCGCAGAUGAGAAUUGAUUCAGCAACCAUGAAUGAUGACAUUACCACCAGUCUCCGUGGGCUAAAUAAACUAGCUAAAAUUCUGAAGAAACAAAGAAUAGAAAAAGGGGCUUUAACUUUGUCUUCUCCUGAAGUUCGAUUCCACAUGGACAGUGAAACUCAUGAUCCUAUAGAUCUGCAGACCAAGGAACUUAGAGAAACAAAUUCCAUGGUGGAAGAAUUUAUGUUACUUGCCAAUAUCUCUGUUGCAAAAAAAAUUCAUGAAGAGUUUUCUGAACAUGCUUUACUUCGAAAGCAUCCUGCUCCUCCUCCAUCAAAUUAUGAAAUUCUCGUUAAGGCAGCCAAGUCCAAGAAUUUGGAAAUUAGGACUGACACAGCAAAAUCAUUGGCUGAUUCUUUGGACCAGGCUGAGUCUCCUACAUUCCUCUAUCUGAACACUCUGUUACGGAUCUUGGCCACUCGCUGUAUGAUGCAAGCUGUUUACUUUUGCUCUGGGAUGGAUAAUGAUUUUCACCACUAUGGUUUAGCCUCCCCAAUAUACACUCACUUUACAUCACCUAUCAGAAGAUAUGCAGACGUCAUUGUUCAUCGGUUGUUGGCUGUGGCUAUUGGGGCUGACUCUACUUACCCAGAGUUGACAGAUAAACACAAGCUUGCAGAUUUAUGUAAAAAUCUUAAUUUCCGGCACAAAAUGGCUCAAUAUGCUCAACGUGCAUCUGUGGCAUUUCAUACCCAGUUAUUUUUCAAAAGCAAAGGAAUAGUAAGUGAAGAAGCCUAUAUUUUAUUUGUAAGAAAAAAUGCUAUCGUGGUGUUAAUUCCAAAGUAUGGGCUAGAAGGUACAGUCUUUUUUGAAGAAAAGGACAAACCAGAUCCACGACUUAUUUAUGAUGAUGAGAUACCUUCACUUAAAAUAGAAGAUACAGUGUUUCACAUAUUUGAUAAAGUUAAAGUGAAAAUCAUGUUAGACUCAUCUAAUCUUCAGCAUCAAAAAAUCCGAAUGUCCUUGGUAGAGCCCCAGAUACCAGGAGUAAGCACCGAUGUUUCAAACAUUAAUGAACCACAGAGGAAGAAGAAGAAGCUUGAAAAAUAG